AUGACUUCCCACGCUGGUCCGCAGUUAACGCCAUCCACUGAAUGCUCGUCACCCUCGUCGUGUUUUGUGCAGCAGCCACACUUUCAUCGCCCUCGACAAUUAGAGCCCAAGAUUCUUAAUUCUAUCCUGGAUCACGUGGGCAACACACCACUAGUGCGUCUGAAUUCGAUUGCAAGGAGGGCGUCACUCGAGUGUGAGCUAUUGGCAAAAUGCGAAUUUUUUAAUGCUGGCGGGUCAGUAAAAGAUCGCAUUGGUAAACGAAUGAUUGAAGAUGCUAUGGCCUCAGGCCGCAUUAAGCCUGGCGACACGCUCAUUGAGCCGACUUCAGGCAACACCGGAAUCGGACUGGCUCUUGCCGCUGCGCUCUAUGGCUUUCGCAUCAUUAUUACGCUUCCAGAGAAAAUGUCGCUUGAGAAGGUUGACGUACUAAAAGCUUUAGGUGCUGAGAUUAUUCGUACACCGACGGAAGCAGCUUGGGACUCACCUGAAUCACAUAUUGGUGUAGCCAAACGCUUGGUCAAGGAAAUACCGAACGCUCAUAUCCUUGAUCAAUAUAGUAAUCCGUCCAACCCUUUGGCUCACUACGAUGGUACAGCUGAAGAGAUCCUCGAAGCUUGCGACGGACACGUUGAUAUGGUGGUCAUGGGUGUUGGAACAGGCGGUACUUUGUCUGGAACAGCUCGUAAGAUUAAAGAAAAGUGUCCUAGCUGCAUUAUUGUGGGCGCUGAUCCUAUCGGCUCCAUUCUUGCCGAACCUGACCACCUCAAUGAUGAGAAUCGUCUUAAAUCCUACCAGGUCGAAGGUAUCGGAUACGACUUCAUCCCGCAAGUAUUAGAUCGCUCUCUCGUAGAUCGAUGGAUCAAGACGGGUGAUCAGGAAUCAUUCCUCUUGUCACGGCGUCUUAUUCGUGAGGAGGGACUACUUUGUGGAGGGUCGUGUGGUUCUGCUGUCGCUGCGGCAUUAAAGGCUGCCAAAGACCUCAAAGCCGGUCAACGGUGCGUCGUGGUGUUACCUGACUCGACUCGUAACUAUAUGUCCAAAUUUCUGUCCGACGAUUGGAUGUUCGAGCACGGUUAUGUGACGGACAUGUCAAAGAGCGCACUGAGCUCUACAUGGUGGGCUAAGAAAAAUGUGUCGGAAUUGCUGCUACAGGCACCUGUGACUAUCACUCCCGACUUGACAUGUAAAGAAGCCGUGGAUAUCUUAAAAAAAGAAGGCUUCGAUAACUUGCCUGUUGUGGCCGAUGAUAACUCGAUUGUUGGCGUCGUGUCAGAAGGAAAUCUUAUUGCACAGCUUAUGCCUGGCCGUGUGCGCCCGACGGAUACUGUGGAGAAAGCCAUGUUUAAGCAAUUUAAGCAGGUGAAUCCACAGACGUCCCUAUACGAGCUAAGUCGUAUUUUUGACCGCGAUCACUUUGCGCUCGUCGUCACAGAGCAGAAGCGUAUUCGCAAGGGCGGAGAGACUGAGACCAAGUCAGUCAUUUUCGGUGUUGUCACACGCAUCGAUUUGCUCACGUACAUCACACGUCAUAGUGACCACUAA